AGGAGCAGAAAAAACCUGCCCAUACUCCACUGACUACUUGGCCUUGGCCGGAAAAAGCGUGGUAUCGCUUACAUUGUGAUUUUCUGGGUCCAUUUUUUGACAGAAUGUAUCUAGUAGUAAUUGACGCAUAUUCAAAAUGGUCAAUAGUGAUCGAUUUCAAUAAAAACACAAAAAGUUCACGAUUAAUUGACGAAUUCAAAAAGUUAUUCGCUGACUAUGGGCUACCAAAACAAUUAAUUACCGACAACGGUAGACAAUUCGCGAGUGCUGAGUUUCAAGAGUUUCUGAAACGUAAUGGUAUUAAGCACAGCUUUUUCCCACCUUACCAUCCGGCAACGAACGGCGCAGCCGAAAAUUUUGUCAACACGUUCAAAUCUAAAGUAAAAAAAAUUGUAAAAGGUAUCAAGCAUUGUACGACAGGAGAAAGUCCUGCAUUUUUAUUAUUUAAGAGGGAGCUAAAAACCAGGUUUGAUUUACUUCGAUCAGACGUAAGGGAUGUUGUAUUGAAAAAUCAGCGCUCGCAAAUAGUCGCUAGGCGAGGUUCCCGUAAAGCGUCAUUCGCAGAUGGCGAUAACGUGAUGGUCGACAAUCACGGCGUCCACGCAUGCAAACAGAAUCGAAG